UUUGCAUCAUCCUGUUCCCACAGAGCGGAACUCCUGGAAGUGUGCCUCAUACGGAUGACGUGAUGCCUCAGAAUGGUACAAACGAUGAAAGAAGAAGAAGAGGAGGGACACGUCACAACCCCUGUAAGGUCGGAGAUCAGGUUCCUGGCACAUGUUUGGUAAAUGGAGCUGUCACUCUCAAUGGCUGCCCACCUGCUUCCACUAAAACAACUAAGGGCACACCAGCAUGCACACUGGACGAUAUCAAACCACAAUGCAUGGUUAAUGGUUAUAUUAAGCGCACAAAAGGCAAACCCAUAAGGACACUGGAAAAACAUGGAAGCACAAUUUCUGCUGCCCCUGAUGCUUCUGCAGCUGUAAGGGUCUGCAGUGUAAGCCCAGCAGGUGGCCCGCCAUUGAAUGGGACCCCCAGUCUAGACUCUUUAGCUCCUAUCUGUAAUUCUCAACAAAUGGCACCACAACCAAACCUGUCAUCAAAAGCAAGGAACCGGAGAAGAAGAAAGAAAUUCAGACAAAAGCAGAGAAACAUCCCUCAACUCCCAAUGUUGCCACCACAAGAGGAGGAAGACUGGGAAAGUGAGAUCCAAGAGGUCACACUGACUGGCUGGGAAGACAUGUGUUUUGGCUCCCUCCCCUACGGUCCACAAGAUGUGAUCCAUUUUUCUUUACGGGAUUUGACACUUAUGCAGUGGGACACAGUGGACUUGCCGCUGACAGCCCGGUACAGCCCAGCCGUGCACCACCAACAGCCGAUCAUAUGGUCCUACUACAGCAUUCCCUCUGAGGAAGGCCAGUUUGCAGAUGCUGAGUAAGCCAGAUGUUUGCUUUAAUGUUAGAGGAUUUGUAAUUCAAUGUUCACAUACCAAAGGUAACCGAGGCAUUCUGCCGUGAAUCGAGUUAGCAUUUGUUCUUGUACAGAUUUAAGGGUUCCUGGACAGUAGUCAUGCAUGGGAUAUUUACUUUAGUGAAGAUCAGUUUUAUUUUCUUUAUAAAAGAUAGUGGAAGAAACAACAAUUUACAUUUGGUUAGGUUACAAACUCAAGUAGGUUAAUGCUAUCUUUGGAGAUUGGAGGUUGGACCCAAGGUACAAAGUCAGGUUAUAGUUUUUUUAUUGUUGGUUUUAUUUGUAUAGUUUGUAUUCAGAUUUUAUAUUGUAAUUUGUAGGCCUUUAAUCUGAAGGAGUGAUUUUAGAUAAGCCACCAUACUAUGCAGUUUGUACCACGUCAGUGAUCGUUGUUACCGAAACUAUUUACUGUUCUUCCAGUUCAUAUAUUCUACAUAAAUAUUGAUUGUGUUUAAAAAUGCCAAAAUGAGAACAUGAAAUGCUCUCUGGAAUAUCAGUUCCAAGUACACAAAGCAACGUCUUUAGUUUAAGUAAAAUCAACCUCAGCAAGACAUUACACUGACUUCUGUAACAAGAAACAUGUAAUUGCUCUGUAAGACAUUUAUUUCCACAAUAAUAAUAAAAAAAGAUGUUCUUCUA